AGUAUGUUCACAUAAAGGGCUUAAAUAGGCUCCACUUUGACUGCAUCUGCAGGCAGGAGCUUUUCACAAUUGCUUGAUUUGUCUGGAAACUGCUUCAGCCUACGUUUCUCAGGGGAAAAACAUUCAGUGCCGCUGUCUAAAUUUUUUUCUUUCCAGCUAAGAGCUAAGACUUCCCCUGAACAUGAUGAGGGGGCUUCGUGAGGGUUUGCUCCUUCUGUUGUCCAUGUGCGGAAUCAUCUCAGCUCUGACGUGUACUGAAGUGCCAGGAGCGCUGACACAGAUUGAUGCCAGCAAUGGACAAGUCUUUGGUGUGAACAGUGCAGGCGGUAUUUAUACUUUGUAUGGAAGCACAUGGACCCAGUUACCAGGCGCAUUGUCCCACGUCACAGUCGGUCUUGAUGGCAUCUGGGGUGUGAACUCAAAUCACAACAUCUAUAGAUUGGUGGGUGGCAACUGGAGGCAUGUGACAGGUUUGCUCAAACAGAUUGAUGCAGGUGGAAGCCAGUUCAUCGUUGGAGUCAACAUGAAUGAUGACAUCUAUUGCCUGCCCAAGUCAUCAGCCAUCUCUGCUGAUGGUGGCUCAACACUGCCCUGGAUCCACAUUGAAGGAAAACUCAAAUACUACUCCUGUGGGCGGCUGGGCUGUUGGGGAGUUAACUCAGCUGACGCCAUCUAUUACCGGCAUGGUGUCACCCCAGAUUCCUGUGCCGGAUCCAGUUGGCAGAAUGUUCCUGGUGCACUUUCCAUGAUUGAAGUUGGGACAGAAGGAGAUGUGUAUGGAGUGAACAGGGAUGGAAAUAUUUAUCGCAGGGCUGGAAUCACUGCCGCCAAUCCCAUUGGAACCGCAUGGGUACAUCUGAGCAAUGACCUUGGACGGAUAAAACACAUAUCCUAUGACCUGGGCCUGCUGUGGGUUUUGACUACAGAAGGAAAGAUUUUGAACUGCAAAGUUUCAGCUCCAGAUUGUGAACAAGUGCCGGGAGCAUUGACACAAAUUGAUGCCAGCAAUGGACAGGUUUUUGGUGUAAACAGUGCAGGCAAUAUUUAUACCUUGUAUGGAAACACAUGGACCCAGUUACCAGGGGCACUGACCCAUGUCACAACUGGUCCUUCUGGCAUCUGGGGUGUGAACUCAAACCAUAACAUCUACAAGCUCGUGGGAGGCAACUGGAGGCUGGUUACAGGUUUGCUCAAACAAAUUGAUGCAGGUGGAAGCCAGUUCAUCGUUGGAGUCAACAUGAAUGAUGACAUCUAUUGCCUGCCCAAGUCAUCAACCAUCGCUGCGGAUGGCAACUCAGCACUGCCCUGGAUCCACAUUGAUGGAAAACUCAAAUACUUUUCCUGCGGACCACUGGGUUGUUGGGGAGUUAACUCGGCUGACGCCAUCUAUUACCGGCAUGGUGUCACCCCAGAUUCCUGUGCCGGAUCCAGGUGGCAGAAUGUGCCUGGUGCACUUUCCAUGAUUGAGGUUGGGACAGAAGGAGACGUGUUUGGAGUGAACAGCAGUGGAAAUAUUUAUCGCAGGGAAGGAAUCACCAAAGACAAUCCCAUUGGAACUUCUUGGACACAAGUAGAGAAAAGGCUUGGAAGGGCCAAACAUGCAUCCUAUGACCUGGACCAGCUAUGGGUUGUCACUUCCGAAGGGAACAUCUUCAAAUGCCAAGUGUAAACUGACCUUUGCUGUCGAAUCCGUGUUGUUGGCUACAUAAGAAGAAACCCGACAAUGACAUCAAGAAAUUUAAAGUAGCAGCAAACUGAUUCAGCCAAUGUUUUCUCUUAUGCCAUUCCCUUACUCUAUAAAACUGUCCCCUCCACUGCUUUUAAUGUGCAAUUUUAAACUAAUUUUAAAUUAAUAUCUUGACUGUUUGGUGAUGGAAAUGUACCUUCUUUCAUAUCUAAAAAGCCUUUUUUUAAGGAGCAAGUCCUGGUUUGCUACCAAAUGUAUACCACUUAACAGGAAACUGAAGCAACCUGGCACUUCUAAA